AUGAAGUUCUCUACAGUCUUUACCGCUACGCUGGCAAGCUACACUCUAGCUUCACCCAUCAUCAUCAACUCUCCAGAGUCAAUCACCAUCUCAAACCGCGGCUUUCCCCAAGACUUCGCACCACGUGUCGGUGUUACCUUACCAGCUGGUUCAAAAAAGGUUCCGCGCGCUGUAUCAGAUCGUAUCAGACGCACAAGCAAGAACCAUGACAGCGUCCUCAAACUCAUGGACUUUGUCGCUACGAGAGUACGUGCCGACUGUCAAGAUAUCAAUACUUCUAUUAUGGCUGUCAAGUACGAGGGGUUGAGAGAUGUAGCUGUGGCGACUACAGCUCGCACCAUGAACAACAUCAGAACACUCCUCUCCAAGACGGUACCUCAAUUGGAUACCACGCCAAACAUGGUCUUUACCCAAGAAGAGCGUCGAAAACUCAUUGAUGACUUACACAUCAUCACGAGCGAGUUCUUCAAGACCACUGAAGAUUACAUCAACACUUUGGGGGGCGCAUCAGGAGGUCGCUCGCUAUCCCGCACAACGCAUGCUCUCACCGAUGUGCUGGAGAGCAUCACCGCUAUGGAUGCGACGAUUGCUUCCGACAUGAGUCGCAAGUUGACACCUAUUUUCUCUGGGAGGGUUGCCGACGAUGAUGAUCUGUUGAACAUCGUCGUAAGCUCUGUGACGAGCUUCUUAUCGUCAAUCAAGCUUGACGAAGUGACUACUGCGUGUAGCACUGAAGAUUGCAUCAGCAAUCAGAACGAAGAAUUGAGAUGA